GAUAAAUGUGUUCAGUGAGAAACCUCCGAUUUCUAUCGAGUGUGCAAAAGUGACGCGUGUGCCGAUUCAAUUCCACGUAAACCGAGUUAUUAUUCAAGUGGUCUCUGUGCGCCCAUCAGUAUACACCGCUGUGUUUCAAUGUUUCACAUCACGUGCCAGCGAGAUCGCCGUCACCGUUGUCGUCGUCGUCGUUAUUACGAAGCUCCGAGGAUGCCUCGAGACUCCUCGAGAGAAUCCUGAGGGACGUGCGUUUUCGAUUCAACCGACGUUAACUCGGAUAUUUAGCAUCGUUGGUAGCGAUCGAUCGUUCGAUCGAUCGAUCCCCGUCGCCAUCGUGGAGGAAUUAAAUUGUGAGACGAUGUAUACUGACGGUCUCCUAACGCUCCAUUAUGGAAAGCACCCAGCGACCUUGGCCGCAGAGGUCGGGGCCUGGUACAAUGGAGACCGUCAUGUAGAUGUGACACUGGCAUGCGACGACGGUUCCGUCGUCAGGGCCCAUCGUGUCGUUUUGGCGGCAGCUAGUCCCCUUUUGGCUAAUCUUUUACGAAAUCCCGCCUUGGAUCACGUGGUCCAUUUCUCUGGGGUCAGGAAGGCCCAGCUCAAUCAUCUUCUCGAGUUUAUCUACAACGGAGAGGCUCUUAUACCCUCGACAGAGCUUAUACCAUUGAGAGAACUCUUCGAACUACUUCAAAUCAACUCGGAACUUUUCGAGCCCAACCUAGCACAGACCUCUAGUAAUUCUGAUCCUGAAAGGAUACCCACUCCUCAACCUUCCGAGGAUCAAGAAAGUUCUAGUUACGAAUCCAAAUACGACAGCAGACAAACGAGUAAUCCUGCUGAUUGUUGUUCGGUACUAAUUAAAACCGAGGAUUGCGAAGAGGAGCCGGAAGUAGACGUGGAAGGUGUCGAAGGUGAAGGUUUGCUCGCGGAAACAAGAGAAGGUAGCAUAGAACCGCCAAGAAGAAGGGAUAGUUCGGAUCCUGUGAACCUCAGUUUAAAUUCCGGAGCGUCUACGAUGAGUGAAAGUUCUCACGACAUAGUACAUAGACCAGAAAAGCAAUUACUCGAGAGGCGAGAGUCCUUGGACGAAGCCGAAGAGAGGACAAGACAAAUGGCGGCGCGAUUGGCGUUAGGUUUGGAGCAUGGCAAACGAAAACCCGAAGAAUUACCGAUCCCACCGGCUGAGGCGUACGUCGUGACGCCUCAUCGAAAACGUAGGCCAGGUUUUCACAACGCACCAGCGCAGAAUCCAGCUUUCGUACCGUUCAAUCCGAGCUUCGAGACACCUAGGAGGUUACAAGCGCCUCAUCCGUUGAGUCUAUCCGCGCCACCGUAUCUACAGGAUCGAUCAAUAACGCCACCAGGAGCAUCGCAUCGGCCACCAAGCGCCGAUCCAGCUUCGGCUGCUGGCCUAGAACCACCUUGGGGUGCUUGGACCCUACCACCGGCUCGAGCACCCCCACCACCUCCAACGGAGGAUCCACCAAAGUCGACACCCGUCCGAGAAUACCGAUGUACCUAUUGUGGCAAACAAUUCGGCAUGUCCUGGAACCUGAAGACGCAUCUUCGAGUACAUACCGGCGAGAAACCAUUUGCCUGUCGACUCUGCGUCGCCAUGUUCAAACAGAAAGCUCACCUGCUGAAACAUCUCUGUUCCGUUCACAGAGGUGUGAUAGCUGCACCGGACAAUACGUUUACGUGUUGUUUCUGUUCCCUCAAUUUCGACAGUUUGCAAGAACUCAUAAGGCAUCUGUCAGGGCCGCAUAAUAAUUUGCUGCUUAGUAAAAACCUGCACGAUUAGCGACAAUAAAAGGCUAUCCGGUGCUAAGAAAGUGAACGAUCUCGGGUAUACCGAUCGAACUCCGUUUCUUUCGUUGAUAUUUUAUCUCGAUUUUCCUCGAGUCGAAUGUCGCUUUCGUUCUCCAGAUCAGGUGUCGAGAUACACCUACGAUGUUUCGUCGAAGAUAUCGAAGUAAUACAUAAGUACGUCUUUUUUUAUCAGACGAUUACAAUUUUCCACUUUGAUAUCGGGGAAAAGGGAUCUCUUUGAUCUGGAACUUUUAGAUUCGAUCGAAUCUUCGAUUAACGCGUGAUUAUCGAUAACUGAUUGGUAUCUCUCAGCAUAACCAGUUGUGAUCUCUGAUACCUAAUACAAAGUUAAGUAGACGCGAUUAAUCAUCCAAGUGUGCCGUCCCUUCGCGAGCUAAACGUUCCUCCGCGAUAAUAAAUUAAAUAUUUUUUCGACACUUUUAUAGGCCGAUUCUCGCGAGGACACGGCACGAAGCACUGGAAGAGCCUUUACUGACGAAUAGCAAAAAAAAGGAAAAGAAAAAUAAUAUAAAAUAAAGAUAACAGGGUCCUCGUUUUCGUGGAUCUUUCUUCAUAUUGAGAAGAUUCAAGGACGAGGAAGUGAUAACCAUUGAUACUGUGUCUUAUCGAUAAGGGUUAAUUGGUAACUUCGUUUUUCGAGAUAUAUCGGCUCGCGAGUUUAAGCGUAAAU